GAAAAAAUAUAAGCAAUAAUUCCCUUGAAAAUGAUAAUUUUCAAAAUUCGUCCAGUUAAAGACCUUAUCAUGAUGAACAACCCCCCUUCCCCAGUUUCGCUUUCACCCAAACCUACAAAUUGAUUUUACAGACAUCCUUAUCUCUCUCUCUCUCUCUCUCUCUCUCUCUCUCAUGUAUAUAUACAUGUUUACAUUAGAGUAUAUAGAAUUUCUUUCUUUCUCUCAAUCAUCCAGAUCAUUUGUGGUGAUGAUUUCAACCGCAGCUUGACGUUCGGAUUGAAAAAUGAGUCGAAUUUCAACCAUAAUAAUCUCUAGAAGAUUCCUGCAAACAUCGGACUUAGACGCUUUCAAUGGCAUUCCACGAAAUCCUCUCUCCCCACUCGCCGCCGGCAAUAACACCGUCGCCGCCAGAAGACCGCCAGCGGAACCGACUCCCGCCUUCGACUCCUCCAUGGCCCUAACAAUCCUGGUCCUCCUCACCGCCCUUUUCUUCCUUGGCUUCUUCUCCGUCUACAUCCGCCGCUUCGCCGCCGCCGCUCCCCCUCCCCCUCCCGCGGCCAGCCGCAAGGGCGGCGGCGGGCUCGACAGCUCCGCCGUGGAUUCUCUGCCCCUCGUGGCCUACGGUGGGGCCGCGAAGCACCGGAUGAUUGACGAGUGCCCGAUUUGCUUGAGCGAGUUCAGUGAGAGGGAGACCGUGAAGUUGAUUCCUUACUGCGGUCACGUGUUCCAUCCGAGCUGUAUUGACACGUGGCUGGCGUCGCACGUGACCUGCCCCCUGUGCCGGUCGGCCGAGCUGUUCCAGAUUUGUUUGGAUGUGGCGCCCGACAUUAAUGAUUCCCGUGCUCCCGAGAGAUCGACGCUUGCUGGAGUCAGAAGAGCUUCUAGUUCUUCUAAUCUGCCCGCAAUCAUGCACUUCUACACAGAAGCACAAGUUUUUGAUCUGAUUCUUCUUGUGUUUGUCUCUUUUUUGUGUGUGGAAAAAGCUGAUUUGCUCUUCUUCCAUAUUUUUUUACACAAAAAAUUCUACUCCAUUUACUAGUAAUAAUAAACAAUAAAUUAAAAAUAUAA